UCGCCCUUUUCUCAUCUGUGAGCUGGUUAUGGAGAUGACAAGUAAGGAAGUGAGGCAUUGAAGCUUUAGUGUGUAGAACUAAAAAAAAAAAAAUAUAUAUAUAUAGCGUAUCCUCCCUUCACCAACAUGGCGGCGAACAUCGGUGUUUUGUCGUUAGUGAAUCUCAGAGCAGCAGUUCGAGUGAAGAAAGGUCUGCUGGUUAACCGAAAACCCCCGGCAAUCACUGACACGGCCCGGCGGACGGUCAUUACCACCAGCAACGGGGCCUUCCUACCGAAGCCGGACAAAGUGAGUUUUGGUCUUCUUAGGGUGUUUUCGGUGGUGAUACCCUUUUUAUACGUAGGAACACUCAUCAGCAAGAACUUUGCUGCAUUGCUGGAAGAACAUGAUAUCUUUGUUCCAGAGGAUGAUGACGAUGAUGACUAAAUGGUUGCAUGAUUUUUCCUGAGAAGGCAGAGUCAUAGUUUCACCCUGAAUGGGAUGUCUAUUUGCAUUUUACUAAAUUAUUCUGCAUAUAUAAAUGUGUAUUGAUCUUGGGUAUUCUUUCUGUUCUUUGGUAAAUAAGGCAUGUAAUUCAAGAUUAAUCAAUAAAGAUAUAUUAUGCACUUUAAAAA